AUGAAGAUGAGAAGAUUAAUUUCCAAGCAGGAGUUCGAGGAAGCCAUGGAUGAUGAUUAUUCCCACCUAUAUUACACUGAACCGCCAUUGAAGAAGAUCGGAGUUUCAAAAGAGCCUUUCCAAUCGCUAGCCUCAGCCUUUCAUUCUGCUGGAACUUACAUGGAUGAUCUUCAACAACAUAAGAAUCAAGUUGGCAAUAUUCAUCCUUUGUGCUCACAAUUUCCCACCCAUGAUCCAAACAUCUUACUCUGUCAAUCUUCCCAGUAUAACUUUUCCAUUGAUUCUUCAGCUCAUGAGAAAGCUGGCUCCAACUUUGAAUUCAGAGACACCUUGCAAUCACUUGUGAAAUCUCACUUGUGCAGCAGCCAAUGCUUUUCUUCCUCAGAGAAGCCCAAUAAAAUUCCAUGCAACCAUAUGAUUAAGCCUUCUCCCCAUGCCCACAACAUGUUAUUGCUUGGUGAGAAUGAUGCCUUGGUCAGGAAGCAACUUUCGGUUCCUUCUGAUGCAAAUCAUCCGGGUCUUAAUGUUUGUGACAGUUCAUCAUCCAGACCAACUCCAUCAAAUAAAAAACGAAUCAGAUGGACUGAAGAUCUUCAUGACCAAUUCGUCAAGACUGUGGAUCUCCUGGGUGGUGCUGAGAAAAAUUUUGAGAGAAGUAGUGCAAAUGGCAUACCUCAGCUCCCCAUGGAAAUAAGUAUGCAAAUGAAGGAGGCCUUGCAACUGCAACUUGAAGUGGAGAGGCGUCUUCAUCAACAAUUAGAGUUCCCGUUUGUUCUCCUAGCGCAGCGUCCCAAGUCACCAAAAACCAGCCUGGUGGAGGAGGCCUCCGCUGACCCAAACCCGACCUUGUUUCCGACUGCCCAGCUCAGUGGUCCCCUGGCUGCACCUGGUGAAACUCCUUUAUGA